AUGGGAAAAAUGGGAAAGCAAUAUAUCCUUGACCCGAUGAGCGUAAAAACAACAUGCUCUGGUGAGGAGUCGUAUAUUCGAUGUGUUGAAUAUGGCAAAGCAAAAGCAGCGUAUAGUAAUUUUAAUUUAUUUUUAAAAGCAAUCAUGGCAGGUAUAUUCGUUGGACUUUGCGCUCAUGCCUCAGGAAUAGCAGGGUCAGAUUUAUUCACAGGAAAUACAUUAGCUGUUACAAUAGCAUUGCUUCAAAGGAAAGUUAAAUUAUUAUCAUAUUUACGAGUUAUGGCAUUAUCAUUACUAGGAAAUUAUGUCGGAGCAGUAUCUUUCGCAUUUAUUGUUUCUUAUGGCUCUGGAGCAUUUCAUCAGCAAAAUAGCAUCGAGAAAAAUCAUAUUUUUGAAUUUUUAAAUGCAAUAGCUAUGAAAAAAGUUCAUCACACCUUUUCUGAAUGUGUAUCGUUAGCCAUUGGAUGUAACAUUUUUGUUUGUUUAGCAGUUUAUUUUGUUUUAUCAAUUAAAGAUGGUAGUGGGGCCGUUUUUAGUGUAUUUUUUGCAGUAUAUGCAUUUGCCAUAGCGGGCUAUGAGCAUAUUAUUGCUAAUAUAUAUACAUUAAAUAUUGCCCUUAUGGUUAAGACUAAUGUUACUUUUACGCAAGUCUAUUUUAAUAAUCUUUUACCAACACUGAUAGGAAAUUACAUUGCUGGAGCUGUUGUGCUAGCUUGCCCAUUUUAUCUUCUAUACAACCAUUACUACGAAGAUUAUGAAAUAAAGAGUUCGAGUUUAGGGAGCAUAAACAUGAAAGGAAUAUCUAUUGAAAUGCAAAACGACUAA